AUGCCAUUCUGCAAGACUCCCCGGAGGCGAGUGAGACGUCUCAAGAGUUUGCCAGCCAAGUGGGCGGAGCUACCCCAUGACCAGAAGAAAGGCAUCUCUGAGGAGCUAGGUUUGCUGAAACAUGGCCGAGACUGGGCCUCCAUCUCCAAAUCCGUCGGUACCAAGACAGAAGCUCAGUGCAAGAACUUCUACUUCAACUACAAGAGGAAAUUCAACCUGGAGCAGAUCCUGGAGGAGCACAACAGGAAAGCCAAGGCGGAAAGGGAACACCGCAUCUCCACCACAGAAAGCACCGUUUCUACGCUGACGGCCAUGUCGGAUGACGAUGAUGAUUCCAUGAUGUUCAGCGACGAAGACAACGAUGCUGACAAUGACCUGGGGAGCUCAGACACUGACAGCGCCAGCGAGAACGAAGGAGAUGGCUUGCCCAGAAAGCCUAAGAAAGGAGGCGGAGGAGAGGUGGGUCUUGGAGCAGCUGAGCCAAUGGAGGUGGGAGCUCCUAGUGGAGGGUCUGGGAUGGCUCCGAGUAGCGCCGGUGGGGACAACAAGGGGAGUUUACCGGACACAGGGCAUGACAAAAACCAGUCGGGAAACGACAAGGGUGGUGGUAGGGCAAGCGAACAACAAGAGGGGGCCAGACGCGAGGUUGCAAACCCCGAACAACAACCAAAACAGCAGCAGAUGGUAGACGCUGACGCUGCUAAGAAGCCGACAUCAGAAUCGCAGCAACCUCCUGGUCCAUCCUCUCAACCCGACAGGUCAUCUCUGACAUCAGAGAUGCCGUCAACCCAUGCCGAACUCCCCCCGGGACCGACCCUCACUUCGUCGCGCCCGCGUGAUGAUGACGACUCCAGCGCUACCUGCAGUGCAGACGAAGAUGUGGAAGCCGUGGUUAUCCAAGAACCGACCAACUCCUCAAUGAUGCCACUGACUCGCAGAGCCCUGGAGAGUCAAGGACAGGGAGGCGACAAAGUCUCCUCAAGCGACGAGAAGCGAUACAUCCGCUCACUCCACCAGCUUCCAACCAGCAGAGAGCGAUUAGGAGAACUCUCCUCCUCAUCGCAACCUCCAUCCCAGCCGCCAGCUCAGGCCCUACCGGAACGUAGGCAAUCUAGGGUGGAGGCCCCUGUGGAUGCCACCAGCUCGGGGAAGCCUAACCAGACCCUGGCCGAGUAUCUCGGAAUGGAAGGCAAAGUCAAUAACAUCAAGGAUUUGAUUGACUCGGCCAUUGACAGGCAUCUUGGAAAUUCCUCCACUGCUAGUUCUCCCGGCCAGCAGGACUCGGUGACAAGCAACCCUUCGAGUCUCUCCGAUCCCCAUCGGAGUCCAGCAUCUGCCAAGGACCCCAAGGAUUCCCAAGAAGGCCGCCGCUCCUCAGAGAGCAUGUACAGAGACAUGCACUCGGGGCGGAGCUCCUCCUGGGCAGACUCCAGCGACAGCAAAGACCGUCGGCCGUCGGUGUCUAGAGCAGACCCUGGGAUGGCGUACGUCUCGCCCCACAUCUCCCACACGUCUCAAGUCCAUCAGAGAACCCAACAACAGCAACAGAAGCAGCUACAGGAUCGGGAUGUCUAUGAAGUGGGAAGCAGCCACCCGGAUAUACCCAGUAUGAGGUACCCAAGCGGAGCCAUCGGUCGGGCGUUGUACCAAGGCACCCGCUACCCACGAGACGCCCAUGGAGAGAUCUACCCAGACCGGGAUCAACACCCUCAUGUCUCCUCCCCUCCUGGUGUACCCACUGGAGCCCGGCAGGCCAGGUCUAGUUCCCCAUUUGCCCUGGUACCCAUGGACAGGGUUUCGCAGUCGCAGCAGCAGCACCGGCCUAUCCCGCUUCCCAGAUCCACGAAGGGGAACGUGCCACCACCCCCUCCGCUGAUCAACAAGUUAUCACCCAAGGCCAUCAAGACUGAGAAGCCAUCGCCGCUAGGCCAGCCCCACAGUGGAUCUAUCACACAGGGUACUCCCAUUAACUUCUCCACAGCAGGCAACCCUCCCACAAGUCGAUACGAGAGGCCCCCAGCAGGCUAUGACGGCCUCCUUGUCAAGGGCCAGCCGUCAGCGACAUCCCCACGGCAGGAGGGAGUAGCAGGUGGAGGGGGUUCCAUUACCCAGGGCACACCCAUCAACAGAGGGGGACGGGAGAUGCCAGGGUCUAUCAUGAGGGGGACACCGAUGCAAUCCCAGUCCCACGAACCCUCCGGAUCUAAAGAUUCCAGAGUUAACCAUGAGAGUCAACGAACCACUCCCAGCGGUUACGAAGCGGGCACAUCGAGAAGUACCCCGGUCUCCUAUGAAGGGGACCGGCCACGGGUCACCCAGGCAACCUCCCGUCACGAUCAACUCAUGCAUCGCAGUAUAUAUGAAAACGCAUUGGCUAGAGGCUCACCGGUGUAUGUGGAUACCAGUGGAACUGUGCGAGCAACCAACCCAUUUGAGCGUCCCAUGCCCCACAUGGAUCCAUCAGCAUUAUACCUGGCACACCAACAGCAACGGGAUUACAUGAAUCUGAUGGCCAGAUCAAGUCAGCCAGACACAACGUCCUUCAACAGCUCCAAGGAAACACUAGCCGGUGAUUUUGCAACGGCAAAGCAGAUGAGCAUGCGGACCUCCACAAUUGCAGGGGACUAUGCAACAGCCAAACAGAUGAGCCAACAGCAACAGCAGCAGCAACAGCAGCAACAACAACAACAGCAGCAACAGCAGCAGCAGCAGCAGUUGCCGCAUCAACUGGUAGGCCAGCCAAUCACUCCACAGAUGGCACAGCAGAUCAGCCAAUCGGUGGCCCAGCGUGGCAGCCAGUACCCACCAACCACCACCAAGGAUUCCAGACUGUCUCCUAGACGAGAGUCACCCAUGUCUAAGAACUUUCCUCCAGGACAGCAACAUGUCUUAGAUCCACAGAUCCAGCAACAGAUGCUGCAACAAUAUGCACAGAGUGGACAGAUUGUCUACCUGCCCUAUUUCCCCCCGGGUCAUUCCCACAUACUAGCUCAUCAGCACUACCCAGGGGGUAUCCCCUCCCCCCACCACCCCCACCCCUCCAUCAGUCCCCACACCACACAGGCACACCCGUCAUCCCAACACCCUGCCCACAGCGACCGACGCACAACCUCUCCAAUGCAGCAGCAGCAGCAGCAGCAGCAGAGAGAAGUCACGUCACCGGCUGAACACUACGCCCAGCAGCAAGCCGUGAAUUUAUCCCACAGAUGGCCUGCGCCUCCAAGUGUGGGUGCCGUGCGCUUCAAGCUCCCACCCAGGGGGUCUAGCCCGGGUGCCCAUCCGGGCUCGGGGGUGCACCCUGUCACCCAUCCGGGUUCCUUCCCAUCAACAUGCUCCCAUCCUGCAACCGCUGCUCAUAGCAUCACUACAGUCCACCCGGCCUACUCCGCCCAUCUCUCCGGUGCCCAUAUGGUGGGUAGCAGCCACCCAGGAGCCCAUCACAUGAGAGGUACAAUGGGUGGGAGCAUCAUGACGGGGACACCCAUCAGGCCUCCACCCAGUAUCACCUCGGGAACACCCAAUCCAGAGCUGAGGGAGGAAACGCCAAGAAGUCGAGCAGAAAGCACUUCAGGAUCUGGUGGUAGCAAGUCUCCUGGUGCAGCUAGUGGUUCGGAAGCUUUUCGCACACUUGUCCAUGUAGCUGCCUCAGCUGAAACACUUGGAACAGCACAGGAAAAAGAAGCAAGAAGACAGCAACAAGCCAUUCAUGAGAGUAGAGAGCGUGAUGCCAGCUCCUCUAGCGAAUCCCACGGCUAUCCACGACGACCCUACUCAACUGGUUCCAGCCACUCGGGUCCAAGCCAAGAGCGGUGGAUCUCUACGUCAUCUGAUAACCAGAUGGCCCAUCGGGAAGCUGCCCCGUCUGGAAGCAGUCGCUUGACGCCCAAGGGACGGGAAUCAGAGAGUAAAGAGAGGAAGGAGGAGGUCAGACACAAGGAGCAACAGCAGAGAAACCACAAUAUGGAACGAGAAGCCUCAGCCAUCUUUGCUGCUCUCUUUGAGAAGGACAAGCAGUCAUCCCGGGUCUCAACUGAAGAGGACUCGGAGAGCUCCAGCCGCCCACUGACGGCGGCCAGUCUGAUUGAUGUGAUCAUCACACGCUCCAUCAACCAACCCAUGUUGGACAAUCAUGACCAAGGGACUGACUCAGACAGCGGUGAUGGGUUGUCUGUUGGACCGAGCGUGGCUUCCUCCAAAGAGAAGUCCAGCAAGAAUGUGUCCGACUCAGACUCGCUGCAGCCGGAGAAUGGAGACAGUAAUGCUGUACCCUCAUCGUCAACAGAGCGUUCUCCAAGUUCAGGAAAGGAUCCGAAGCACCAAGAGCAGGAGGCAUCUGGAGAACAGCAGGAGAGGCCUCAGGAAAGCCUGGUCCCGGUGACUUCACCAUCCCCACUUCCCAUUACCCUGGCUGAACAUAUAGACACUAUCAUCUCCAUGGACUACAAUAAAUCUGACCAGGUGAGUCAGGCAUCUACAUCAGCAGCCACUUCUGCCACCGGAAGCUCAUCCUUGAAGCGAGAUCGUGUAAAGUCAUCAGGUGUGGAUACCACAGAAAGCCGGGAACAGGGACCAUCCUCUAGCUCUCCUCGUGCUAGAUACAGGACACCCGAUAGUGAAGUCGGAUCAACCAAUGAUGCAGCAAGGAGAAGCAGCCCGGUUGCCUCAUCCCUGCAGAGUAUCCAUGGUGCUCGCAGCAGCAGCAGCAGUAGUGACUCCAGAAUGAGGAAUUCGGGAUUGAUGUCUUACGGUGGGCCUGCGGAACCGAGUGUCAAUAGCUCCAAAGAAGGUAGUCCAAGAAGCAGGGCUGCCUCCACAGCUUCUGAUAUAUCAAGUGCUUCUGCAUCCCCAGCCAGUGCCAGACCGGACAGCUACUCCAACAGGGUUUCCUCCCAGUGGGGUUCACGUAAGGACCAAGAAGCGACAUCUGCUGGUAGGGUCUCAAGGAGCUCAUCGGAACAGAGUCGAGAGGCUUCACCAGUCAGUGUCAGUGAUAUGACUCCAUCUGCUGUGUCUUGGCAGAGGAAGUAUCAACAGGAAGGUAAUGGAGCCGACAGCAGUGAGAAUGCUACCAGAGGAUCCCAGCCACGAUUCAGGGUCCACAGCUCUCAGUCAACCUCCCCACACCAGCCAGAAAGCUGGGGAAUGGCUGAUUCCAACCGGCCACCAUCCCGAGGUAGACGCAGGGACUCACCAAAGACCAUUGUGGAGCCUGGAUCAAGCUCCUCUUCUGUGCUGGAUGCAGCCUCAAGCAGCGAAGACAGAUCUCGUUUUACUCCUGGUCCUGUAGAGAGUGGAGUCAGCGAUAGCCAACGGCAGCUCAGCAGCAGCCAAUCAGGCCUCAAGUCCAGAUCAGAAGCUGAGAGCUCUCGCAGCAACAACCCAGCUCCCCAGAGCACCUCUCAUGAGUACAACUCAGAUAGUCCUCUGCAACCUGCUGAUAGUAUGUCCCAAAUGAGACAGUCUCUGAUGGGUACAGCCCAAUCAGUGGUGAAUAGAUCUCCAAAGAAUGGACAACCUAGCAUGCUUCCAAGCAGCAGUCAAGGUAGACAGCCUCAGAGGAAGGACACUGGCUUGUUCCGGUUUGAUCUUCAGAAGUCCAUCGACCGUAUGAUUGAAUCUCAAGUGAGGAUGGAGACACCAUCCAGGAUGGACCAGCAGGUCAGAAUGGAUGAUUAUGUGACGCGGCUUGUGGAGGCUGAGAUGUCUAGCUCCCGGUCUUCUCCACAGCGCUGCGAUAGCAGAGAGAGCACCAGCACGGCCGAGUCUGGUGCCCUGGAGGUGGAUGAAAGCCGACUGUCUGAUGUCUCAGACUUGGACAAUCACGAGGCAGAAUCAGUCCAGCAACCAAAUGUCUCACAGCAGCGUCCUAGAGGUUCAAGCCCGAGACUGCCUUCCCGAGAUAACAGGGAUGGGGAAGCAGCUCCAAGUUCAACACCCGUUGAUGGUGCUGCAAGGCUGAGUGUGGGCUCUUCAAGUGGAAUUGGUAGUAACAGGGCAUCAGGUGUUAUCUCUCCAAAUAUAGCCGCACAGCCUCAGCUCGAUCCCUCUAACCAACCAAGCCAAUCAGUACCCACUUCCUCACCAUCCCCUGUCUCUCACCAGGGUUUCCCAACCUCGGGCACCGGGCAGGCAGGGAACCAGUUUGCAUAUUCAGCCUUAUCGUUCAGAUCAGCGGCAGGAGUAGCCCCUGCUGCCUCCUCCUCUACAACAAGCUCCGCCCAGAACCAUCUAGCCAACGUUCAUCUCAGGAUCCCCUCCCCCCACCUUGGACCCGCUAGGGGGCCAUCACCAGUCCCUGGUCCAGGAAUAGCUGGUGUUCGUGAGAGGGAACCAGCACCUUUGCUGUCCUCUCAGUACGAGACCUUAUCAGAUAGUGAUUAACCUAGAUAAGUAGGAGAUUACAAAUAGUGUUGUUUGUUAAGUUGUAGUCGUUAUUAUUGAUUAGUGGAAUCAAUGACUUGGUAAUUAAUAUUGAUCUCCAAAGCUUACGGAGAACCUAAGACUGAAGUACGUUUAUUUUAUGUUUUUUUGUCAACUUUCUUACUGAUAUGCACAUUUUUGUGAUAAAAGAUGGACUGACUUUUUAAACCAUGCAAAAGAUACUCUCUACAGAAGUACAUGUACCAUUCGUGGUGAGGUGUCUUUUUACAGACACAUGGUUACAGGUUAUUUGCAGAAAAAUCUUUAUUUGAUCAGAUUUAAUAUAUCGCUAAACAAGUUUGCCCUGUUUUAUUGCAGAUUUACCAUAUUUGUAAUAACCAUCGCUGUACAAGAAUGCGUUUCUUUGGGCUAAAAACAAAACGACUAAACAAAACCAUUGAUUCAAAUUAAGAAUCUAGCUUUAUUUUGAUCUUGACAAUGAAAAUAUGAUGCCAGUGUUUCGUGAAAAAUUCUGUUAACCUUUGAUUGUUACCCUUUCCUUGAGGAAAAAAAAUGUCCAAGACAUUUUGUCAUUCAUUUGUAAUUUUGUUUUAGUUUUACUGUAGAAAAAAAAACUGUUAAAACAGUCAAACAUGUUUUUAUUUAGACUUUUAGUUGUGUGUUAAAAGUUAGGAAAAAAUGGUCAUUUUGAUGAAAAGUGAAUGUGGCUGCUUUUUAGUAUUAUGAUAAGUUUGGUUGUUUUAAAAAUAGCUUUUGAUGACAAGAAUGCUCUGAAAUGUCGGCUUGAUAUUCCAGAGCCAUUGUAUCACAAACCCUCCAGAAUCCAUCAAAUUCUAACGCUUCUGUUUGAUUGUUUUUUAUGGUUUCAGGACGUUACAGCCAAUUACUUUGCAAGAGCAUCAUUCAAUGAAUUUUGGGUCCAAAGUGUGAUUUUUUUGUUCCUGUUACCGUGGUACUUUGUCAUUUGCCAUUCAAGUAUCAUGAAUGACUUCAAACAAUAAAUUUAUUUAUUGGGUAGGUAGUUUGCUAUUCAUAACCACUCUUGGAGAACGACUGCAU